AUGGCUGCCGUUGAUGUGAUCGAACAACGGAACGGAGCUGUCGCUCAGCCGCGAUGGUCAACCUCCUCAAGAGAUGCGGUGUCCGAAAUCACCGACGAGGGGAAGCAUCCGGAUCUACCCAGUCUCCUGCCGCUUUCGCACGACCACCCUAUGCUGACAGCUUCAGCAGAGGAUUGGAGCGUGGAUGAUUUCCUCCUGACUCGGCUACACGUACCAUUGGAAGAGCUUCGAGGCGAGCUUCGGGAGUAUCUGGGGGUCUUGAAGGAGGAGCUGGGCGGCCUCAUCAACGACGACUAUGAAGAGUUUAUCAGCCUGGGACUGGGUCUUAGAGGAGAAGGGAGUCGUCUGGAAGAUCUCAAAUAUCCCCUCGAAGCACUGAAGGUCGAGGUUCAGGAUAUUCAUUCUCAUCUGCACCAAUCCGAAACGACAUUACAGUCAAAGCUCGACGACCGGUCAUCCUUGAGAGGAGAAAGAGCGAUCUUGGAUACCCUCCUUCAUCUCAGUGAAAGCUUGACUCGGACGGAAGGGCUACUUGGUAUACGUACCUCGGAAGAUGAGCUACAGAAACCUCGGGAGAAUGAGCAGCCUGAAGAGAGUAGCUCGAGCCGAACUGGCAGACCCAAGCUUGCAGUUAUCAUCGACGCUGGCGAAGAGGAAGAGGAACCGAAAGAUAUCAAGACCAUCACCCGGAUAGCCAACGAAUACACGCAGGUCAUGUACCUUGUCAUGAAAGCUCGGGCGGAGGAGUGCGAAUACGUUUUAGGGGAUGAGGGAUCCGUUGAGAGCAGAAUCGAAGUAAUACGACAAGCUUUGCUCCUCAACCUCAAACGGAUAUUAGCCUCGACUCUACAAAGGCGGCAAUCAUCCAGGUCUCAAACCUCCGAUCAGAGUAGACGGACUCUGCGGAGCUGCUUGGAGGUCUAUAACAAUAUUCAAGGGUGGAGAGAGGCAGAACAAGUCGUCAAGCAGAUCGUUGCUGACGGGGUCCGAAAUCAUGUUUCAGUGCGGUAUCUGACCACAGCACCAUCACCAUCUAUUCCGGUCACACCCUUCGGUAUCAAGGACAACAACCCUAUGUCUCCCGUACUGACAGCUCCACAUACCCCAAUGACAAUGACAAGCUUAGCACCAAAAUCAGCAGACCCGAAUCCUUUCGAGACCACGUUGAAGCAGGACGACGGACGAUCGACCGGAACAAUACCGCUACCAGAGCAGAUAAGAGAAGUCAAGCUUCUGGACGAGUCUGCGGGACCCGUAGCCACUAUAUUUAACAACGUCCUGCGGUAUAUCGACGGUAGUCUCCUAGAUUUGUUGAGGACAAGCGAAGAGAUCAGGGAAAGGAAUGAAGCGAAAGGCUCCAAGACGAGAGACGACGAUGCAGAUUACGAGGCAGAGGACACCGAUUCGGAGACAGCCGCAAAAGCUUCCGGACCCGAGGCCAAUUUCGAGUUCAUGGCCAAUUCGAUUUGGACACCGGCAGCGGAAUCGAUCAUGUCGGAACUAGGAGGAGUGUUAUUCGCAGCUGGUCGAGUCGCUGAGCUGCAUCAAAAUUAUACCUUGGCUCACGAGUUUGUCCAACAGUUGGAAAGUCUCGCUCUUUCCGUACCGGCUGUUGUAGCGAUGCGGUCGACAGAUGCGUAUCUUACCUUCGAACGGCGGUGGCAACUGCCCGUCUACUUCCAAUUGAGGUGGAAAGAGAUCGUCAAAGAGCUAGAAGACAAUCUCGUGAUCGGGCAAGCGGGCAUAACAGCCGAACGGGGGCGGGACGGAUACGCUUUACCGCAGACUGCAGCCAUUUUGAUGGCUUUCAAGAGUUGUUGGUCCCCAGACGUCUAUAUCCCUGAACUCUCUUUUCGGUUCUGGCGGUUAGGGUUGCAAAUAAUAAGCCGGUACCGAACAUUCCUGGAGUCAUCUGUACCGGCGCUUUACGAGCCAGUCUCUCAGCCAUCUGCCGCCCGUACAUCGACAAGUGCUUCCCGACCAUCUCUGAGUCUGACCGGACCAUCACUUCCUACAGGCGACCCAAGCUCUGAUCCCGCCUCAUCACAAGCAGAAGAGCAGAUUCUCAAGGCGGCCAGCUUGAUCGCGUCGGAUCUCAGCAGAGUCCACAAGGAUAUUUCGGCGUUCUGGGACGAGCGUAUAUACGAACUGCUUCAACGGACUUUGGCCCCAGAGGAGAUCAAUAGAAUACAGACAACCUUGGAUCACUCGCUAUCAUCUCUGUCUGCCCUGUUCAACGGCCCGUCGGGCCAUAUCGUCGCCAUCCUUACUCGAAGGUGUACCGACGGACUCAAACUCGUUCGGUCGGUCGCAUCCCAGCUCCGAACAUUGCCGCCUGCACAGCUCAAGGAAGAACCCAAGCCGAGUCACUUUAUACCGAACAUCCUGAAGCCGCUAGCGGAUUACUUUGGAAAGAACGGGUAUGGGUCGGGUUUACGGGAAGAGGUUGGGCCAGCAUGGUCCCGCAAAGUCAUGGAGGAGGUCGUGAUAUCAUACACCUCGAUAUUGGUGUCAGUGCAAAAGACGGAAGAUCUACUGCGGCGUCAUCGAAAGGGCAAGAAGAGCACAUUCUCGCUGUUCGGUUCAAGCAGCAACGCUUCAUCGGCGACCAUCGAGGAAGAGGAAGAGCGAUUUAAACAGCAGAUGCUUGUCGAUAUUCGAGCGCUCGGGAUCGCGGCCGAGAACCUCGGUGUAGAACUGAACGAGGAUGAGCAGGAGAGUGUACCAGGAUGGAACACGUUGCUUGAGACAGCUGAGCGGAAUUCAGCUCCAGCAUAG